AUGCUGGGAAACCAAGAGCCUAAUGAAAAGGAGGAAUUAAAGGAAAUUAGUCUUAGUAAAAAUAUAGUGCUGGAGAAAUUAAUGACUCUGAAGACUGAUGAUCUAGAUUCUAGAGUACUAAAAGAGGUAGCCACAGAAAUAGUGGAUGGAUUCAUUAUCUUCCAGGAAUCUAUAGACUAUGCUCCCCAUGGACCUAAGCAAAAGGACAUUUCAUCUCACUGGUUGCCGAAGAACGUCAACAAUUCUUACAAUAUGUCCUCAUUGCAAUGUGAACAAAUCAAUAUUCCAGAAGAAGUCUUCUUAACACUUGGGAUUCUAAGUUUUGUGGAAAAUAUUCUGGUUAUUGUAGCAAUUACUAAAAACCGGAAUUUGCAUUCUCCUAUGCAUUAUUUCAUUUGCUGUCUGGCAGUGGCAGAUAUGUUGGUCAGUUUGAGCAAUGCAAUAGAAACAAUUGUUCUUAUUCUAAUGGAGAAAGAAGUUUUGAUUGUGCAGAACCACAUCCUUAAGCAAAUAGACAAUCUAAUAGAUCUGAUGAUCUGUACCUCAAUGGUAUCCUCACUGUCCUUCUUGGCUGCCAUUGCAGCUGACAGGUAUGUCACCAUAUUUUAUGCCUUACGAUAUCAUGCCAUUAUGACAACUCGGAAUGCUGUGAUCAUCAUUGUUGGAAUCUGGAUAGUCAGCAGCACCUCAAGCAUCAUGUUCAUCAUCUAUUCGGAAAGUAGUGCAGUUAUUAUCUGUCUCAUUUCCUUCUUCUUUGUGAUGCUGAUGAUUAUGGGUGGCUUGUACUUCCACAUGUUUACUCUUGCUCAAAUCCAUACCAAGAAGAUUAUGGCCCAACGCAAGAACAGACCAACUCACCAGGCUGCCAACAUGAAAGGAGCUAUUACUCUGACAAUAUUGCUGGGGCUCUUUCUUAUUUGCUGGAGUCCCUUCUUUCUCCAUCUUCUGCUCAUUAUCAGCUGCCCUAAUAAUCCCUAUUGUCUGUGCUUCACUUCUCACUUCAACAUGUUCCUGAUUCUCAUAAUUUGCAAUUCAGUCUUCGACCCAGUUAUCUAUGCAUUCAGAAGCCGGGAGCUACGCAAAACCUUAAAGGAACUUGUACAGAAAAUAAUGGAAAAUGACUCAUUGCAAAAAACAUUUACACAAAUGAGAGAAUGCAAUGAAAUAGGAAGCAGUGUGAAGAGCAUGUUUUUUUAA